GUAAGAAGGGGGGAUUGUUCUUAUCCAAUGUGAAAGCGGGAUUUGAAUUCGAACCAAAAAAACGGAAACAGUCAUUUGUCAACGGCAAUUCGAUAGCGGUGUACUGAACAAAAUUUCCUGAGAACUUUUUUAUCGUGAACAUUAUUAUAGAAGCAUUGUGACUAUGUGAUUUCUAAAAACGAGUGCAGUUCAAAUUCUAGAAAAAUGUCUGAUAAUAUUAAAGUGGCUAUUAGGGUCAGACCCUUAAUAAAACGUGAAAAAGAUGAUGGAUUGCCUGUACAAUGGCAGGUUCAGGGAAACUCUAUUAUUCGCGGAGAAGGCAGAUUUUCUUUUGAUCACAUAUUUGAUAUGAAAAACACCAACGAAGAUAUCUUUCAGGCUGUUGUAAAGCCUAUUGUUGAUGCAGCUAUAAAUGGCUUUAAUGGUACAGUGUUUGCCUAUGGCCAGACAAGUUCUGGAAAGACAUACACUAUGAUGGGUAUAAAGGAAGAACCAGGGGUAAUACCCUUAGCUGUGAACUAUAUCUUUGACGCAAUUGCUAACACUGUAGGAAGAGAAUUUUUACUGAGGGUUUCAUAUCUUGAGAUUUAUAAUGAAAAAGUGAAUGAUCUCAUAGAUAAGAAUGGAAUCGAUUUAAAAGUACAUGAGGAUAAUCAGGGUCAGAUAAUUGUGAAAUGUAAAGAAGAAGUAGCUAUCAGCCCUGACAAAAUAUUAACAAUUAUGAAAAAGGGUGAAAAAAAUAGAAGAAUCGGAGAAACUAAUAUGAAUGACAGAAGUAGCAGAAGCCACACUAUAUUCCGAAUAACUAUUGAAAGUCGAGAACUUGAAGCAGCUUCGGAUGGUGCUGUUAAUGUAUCUCAACUUAAUCUUGUGGAUCUAGCAGGCUCUGAAAGAGCGCGACAAACUGGUGCUACUGGUGAACGUUUUAACGAAGGGCGACACAUUAAUUUGUCUCUUUCAUCGUUGGGGCUUGUUAUUAUGCAACUUAGUGAUUCACAGGACAGAGAAAAAUUUGUCAACUUCAGAGACAGUAAAUUAACCAGAAUCUUGCAAGCCUCGUUAGGUGGUAAUGCUAUGACAGCUAUGAUAUGUGCAGUUACGCCUGCAGCAAUAGAUGAGACACAAUGCACAUUAGCAUUUGCAUCCAGAGCCAAGAGCGUAAAGAAUAAACCACAACUUAACGAAGUUCUAUCCGAUUCAGCAAUGUUGAAGCGUUAUGCCAUUCAGCUAAAUAAACUCCAUGCUGAACUCGAGAAAGUGCGACAAGGUAAUAGAUGCGCUGAAGUUGAGGAAAUGGAAUCAAAGCUUCAGGAAAAAGAGCGGAGAAACCAAUUGCUGGAGGAACGUAUCGAACUUUUACAAACACGCAUUAUGUCCGGUUGUAGUACUAAUAGUGCAAAUCAGAAAUUCAAAAGUGAAGCGCAGCGAAGACGAACUUGGGGAGGCUGCGGCACACUUCAACCGGCCACGACGACGUUCCAGUCAGCUGUUACACUUCCUACUAUUAAGGAAACAGGAGAGUCGCCAGAGAAGGUUAGAAGAGAUAAAAUUAAAAAGCGACAGAGUAUUAUACAGUCCUCAGACAUAGAGAAAGAGGAUUUUCAGACGGAAUUCACAGAUUUCGAACUAGAUCUCAUAGAAAGUGAGAGACGAUACGAGGCGGGACGAUUGUCAGUAGAAAGUCUGGACUGCGAAGACGAACCUUAUGUUACAAAACGAAGACCUGAGAAUCGUGUAAAAUUUUUGGACGAUGUUACAAUUCGCAGGAUCAGUUGUGGAGAUAAUGCUGAUGUUCCAAUUAAUAAAACAGUAAUGCUAAGUCCACCAAAGAGCAACCUGCUUGAAGAUUGUCCUGAAACGCCCAAGGAAGUUCUGCGGUACAGGAUACAUCAUUUAUCCUGCGAGAUGAAAAGUCUUAGAGAAUAUGCAAAUUCGGAGAAACAACGAUUUCAGGAAGAAGCUACUGAACCUAAAAGCGUGGAGAAUAGUGAUGAUUUGAAUUAUUUAAAAAAAUCUCUUGCCGAUAGCGAGGCACUAUAUUUGGACACGAUCAAGAAAUAUUCUGAACUUCAAAGCGAUCAUGAAGAUCUACUGUUGACAUAUGAAACUGGCAGAAAGGAAUGUGAGGAGCUUAAAGAGCAAGUCGAGUCUCUUCAGUCUAUGCAGAAGCAAUUUGGUGAUAUGGAAACUGAACAGAAACGUCUUAAAGCAGAAGUGAAAAAGGUGCAGAAAGAAUGUCAAGAUUUACAGAAUAAACAUACUGACACCUUAUGGGAAAUGGAAUUGCUAGUGAAAAAGCACAAAACUCGUGAAGAAGAGCUUGAGAAUUCGUUACAGGUGGCUUGGGAACAAUUGAAAACAAAAUCCAGCACCACAGUGACAGAGGAUAAUUCACUGACUAUCGAAAAUCACGGUAUGAAGUCAAAAGUGGAAGAAUUCAAUACAUUGAUGAAAACUGUUGAGGAAGAGAAACGUUCCUUGGCUAAAGAAGUUGCUCGACUCUCUCAGCGGCCCACUCAUGACGAAGUAACGUUAUUACAACAGAAAAUAGACAAUUUGACAGUUCAAAAAAUUGAAUUGGAAGGUACUAAUGAGGUUCUAAACGAUAAAUUGUCUGUUGCUGUCGACUGCACCCAAUAUCUCUCUGAAAAAUACGCUGAAUGCUUGUCGAUGAUACCGAAUGAUGAAUCGUCGCCAGCAAAAGCAAAAGUUAUUGAAUCAAAGGUUCAAGAACUGACAAAGUUACUGAAAAAUACCAGUAACAAAAGUAUCAAUUUACUAGGAAAACUCGAACGGCUUAAGGAAUACGUAAAUGAAUGCAUGACAUAUCAUAAGACAUCUAUACUAAUGAAAACGGAAGAUGAACUUUCUACGAAAGUCGAGGAAGUAAAGAACUUUACUGAUAGCCAUGUUCAGAAGUCACGUGAUUCUGUUUGUACAGAAAAUAUUAGGCAUUUCAUAGUGAAAACGGAACACAACGCGCAAGAUGUUAUUGAUCACAUGAAAGAACACGUACCGGAAGUAUCUGAUUUCUGUUCCAGCGUACAAGAGGAAAAUCAGCACAAUGAUAAGUUACAUGUUCUUGAACGAUUGCAGGUGUUGAACGAACAUCUGUCAAAAGAGAACUUGGAGAUUAAGUCCAAGUAUACAGAAACAAUCGACAAGUUGACAAACUAUGAGCAUGUAAUAGAGUUAUUGAAGAACGACAUUGAUAAGCUGACUUUGAAAUUAAAAGAGAAAGAUACGGAAUGGUCAUUGAUGAAGAGCAAAGUGGAAGAGCUUCAAAAUCUUACGACUCAACUGGAAUUAUCUCCUGAAAAAGAUAAGAUUGACAGAGAUACUAACAGGUUGUUGGAAUUACAGACCCAAUUGACAACACUAAAAAACGAUUUAAUUACUGCUGUUGCUGAGGUGAAACAGAAGGAGUUGGAGAUUGGUCGUCUUAAUGAAGCUAUGGCAAUGAAAGCCAACGAGGUGAUAGACAAUCUCAAGACUAUCGAUAGGAUGCACCAGGAGAAUCAAGACCUGCAAACGCAUUUGAAAAAUGUUAUUGAAUCUUCGACAUUGCAAACUGCGUCUGUGCAAGAGACCAUUAAUAGUCUUGGGAAAUUUGAGGAAUCCCAACCUGAAAUAUCCUUUGAACAGCUUUACAGUCAAUCGUUUAGUUCAGAAAAGGAAGCUCAGGAGAGUUCAGACAACUUCGACGAGGAACAUAAAGCUUCAGAACUUCGAAAAACGUCAAUGGACACGCAGUCAGUAACGAAGAAAAAAGUUUUUCAUCAGACAUCGGAACUGAAGCCACAAUUUCUUGAACGAAUUUCAUAUUCUAAUGAAUCGAAUGUUAAAAUUAAUUCCAGUCUCAGUGAUACCGGUGUAGAGACAGCAUGUAAUACUUCAAAUAUUCCAUGUGAAGAAAAUAGUGAACUCGAAGAAAAGUUAAAAUUAGAUCAAGUGCUAGCGGAGAAUUCCGAGCUGAAGAAUAAAAUUGAACUCUUCAUCCAGGAAGUGACGUUACACACUGCUGCUAUAGCGGAUUUCGAAUCGUUCAAGACUCAAGUUGAAAUAGAUCUAUCUGAGCGGGAUAAGAGGAUCUCCAAGAUUCAAGCAGACAAUGAUAAAUUGAGAGAACAAGUAAUCAUCAUGCAAAGUGAUAGAACAAAACUCGAAGGUGAUAAAUGUGCAAUGGAAAAACUCAUAAAGGAAAAGAACGAACAAUUGCAGAAACUAUCUAAUUUAGAAUCACAGCUUUCUGACAUUGUCAAUGAGAAAAUGGAAUUUGAGCGUAUCUCUAUAGAAUUGCGUAAAGAGUUAACGAAGAAGAGUCAAGAUCUCGAAUCUAAUGAUAUCCACAAGUACGAGAGUGAAAUUCAAAACCUACAGAGUUACGUGACAAAUUUGCAGAGCUUCGUGAAGAAUGUGCAGAAUGAAAACGAUGAGCUUAAGAAACAACUACAAGAAUUGCAAGAGAGUGCCGAAAAGACUAUAGACUUAAAACAAAGGACAGAAGAAUUAACAACUGCGGAGUGUACUCGAACAGAAGCAAAGCAACAGCUGGAAAGCGAAUUGCAUCAACAGAACGAAACGAAACUGAAAAAUUCUUUAUUGACCAGAGAUACAGAGACCAGCACUGUAGCAUCCCCUCAUAAACCUAUCCUUGACAAAACUGUUAAGACUGAAAAAUCUCCUGAAAAUGAAAAAGAAAGUAGUAGUAUUUUUGCUAACGCCAGUUACUUCGAGAACAUGGAUACAUCUUAUGGACAGAAUGAGUCUGAUCUGGAAAAUUUACCUGUUGACGUAGCUGAUCUCUCUGUGAAUGAAGACAUCACAAAAUUGAAUGAUAUACCAACAUUGAAGAAGCGGAUUGAAGAUCUGGAAGAUCUUAACAAACGCUUAGAGACUGAGAACAAAAUAUUCUUUCACAAGGUAUCCGAUGACGACAGUUAUGCUCUUGCGGAUAAGGUACAUGAACUAGUGACUGAUAAAGCAUCACUUGAAAAUGAUAAUGCUAAGCUGACUAAGGAUCUUCAACAGAAAAUUGAGGAGUCUGAUGAAAUAAGAAACGACAUUCAGAGUCUCAAGUGCGACAUUGGGAAGUUUACAACAACGAUACAACAAUUGACAACAGAGAACAUGGAAUUAUCCAAUAAAUUAAAUGAAGAGACCAAGCAUGCUGGAAUACGGGAGUCAAAUUUACAGAAAACAAUUGACGAGCUGUAUCUUCGAAUUUCAAAUGUCGAGGAGGAAAAGACCAAAUUACAAAAUGAUUUAGAAAUUUGUUACGAACAGAUUGGUAUGUUACGUGCAAGAACACCAGUAGCUACCGAGGAGACGGUAAAAGCCAAGUUUGUCGAAUAUCAAAGACAAAUUGAUGAAUUAACUAUAGAGAAUAAUGAAUUGUCAUCUGACGUCAUGGAAACGUUACAGGAAUUGGAAGAAAUUAAGGGAAGUAAAGUGUUGCUCUUCGAUCAUGAUUGCCUUUACAAGCAGGAUGCUGAGAAGUAUACGAAGUUGAGAACAGAACAUGAUCAGCUAUUGGAGAACAUAAUGAAGAAAGGCGAGGAACACGAAGCUCUGGUAGAAAAGUGUAGGGUCUUGGAGAGCAAGUUGGAGUUGUCAUUGGAGAAUCAAACUUCCGGUAUCGCAGAAUCGUCUGAGAGCAAUUUGGAAAUGCUGAUAACGGAGAACAAUAAGUUGAAGGGUGACAUUAUCGAGUUGAAUAGUAAAAUGACGAUAUUAACUGAUGAAAAUAUGAAGUAUUCAGAAAAUCUGUUUGAGACCAUGGAAAAGCUUGACGACACUCGGCGGGCCAGUUGUUUUAAUGAGGAAAUGUACCAUUCAUUAGUGAUGCAUGACGAUGAUGCUCGCGACACAAGCAUAAAAUUGACAACUGAUGAAAGCGUCCAAACUUUAACGAACAAUUAUAAUGACUUGCUGAAGCAAUUUGAUUAUGUAAAGCGUUUAAAUAAAAAGCUGAGUGACUUGAAGUUCAGUUCUUGCUCACAUUGCGAGCAGCGACAAAGCUUAAAUGAAAAUCGUACAGCGUUAAAGCUUGAGGUGAAAAGUCUCAGUUACAAAUUGGAGAAUAUGCAGAAGAAGUUUGACCAAAAGUGUGCGGAUAUUGAAGUGUUGAAGAACAAAACUAAUGAAGACUUGAAUUUGACCAUUAUGGGUGAUAUGACCUUAAGCGAAAGCUUACUCGAGUCGACGAAUGUAUCAUUUGCCGAGGAAAAAGUUCAAGCAUUGAAUAGUGAUCUUGAGAGAUUAAAGGAUGCCCAUGACAAAUUAUCUGAAAUGUACAAAAAUAAGUGCGAUGAGCUCGAUAAUCUUCAGGAUACUAGUCAUUGCGAAAGCUCAUCGACCCACUCGAAUAGCAACUCGUCUUAUGGGAGCAAAAAAGACGCGAGAAUCGAGAAAAUGGAAACUGAAAUUUUCAAGUUACAAGAAGACUUGCAUAAGUUCAAAAAAGCUAUUGCACGCGUGAGUAGUGUACUUCCCAAAAUUAAUAACGAGAAGGCCAAUUUGGAACGCGAAUUGGAGGCAUUAGAAUCCAUCAGAAAAGAACUUGACGAAAAAGUAACGAGCUCGGAAAUUCUUGCUCAAGAAGCUAUUGAAAAGAACGUAGUACUGCAGGGUGAAUUAGUUGACUCACGAAAAGAAGUGGAUCAGUUGAAUCAACGCGUGAAGGCAAUGCAAUCUGAAAAGUUGAAUUUGGAAGUCAAAGUGGAUACAUUGACAGCCGAGAAGGAAACGAGCGAAAAAGUCAUAGAGGAACUGAAAGUUUCAGUCUUUAAAUUCACUGAGAAAUGUAUUGACCUUGUAGAAGAAUUGGAAGCUAUUAAGCAGGAAAGGGAAGCAUUGAUCAAAGAUCAAGGUCACAGAGAUAAUAAACAUAAAGAGAUCCUGGAUGCUGCGUUGAAGGAUUGCAAAGAGCACACGAUGAAAGAAGCUGAAAAGCAAUUGAAGGAGCUUCAAGCAACUUUGAACAAGAAUAUAAAAGAUAAUGAAGAACUUGAAAAACAGUUGACAGCAUUACAACUUGCUACAUCAAAAGAUACUGAUAGCGCGAAGAAGAUUCAAGAUAAUACAUCAAAAUUCUUAGCAGGUCCAGAUUCUCGUAAUUACACCGAAUUGAGUACAGCGUAUAAAAAACUUGUUGAGGAAUGCAACGCAUCAAGAAUAAAUAUAAUCAAAGAAAUCAAAGCCCUCAAUCCUAAAUUUGAUAGCUCGGAAUACCAGGAUGCAACAGUAGCCGAUCUUCUUCGUAUUCUUCUACAGACAUUCCUCACCAAGGAGAAGGAAAUAAUACAGGCCUUACAGGAUAAUUUUGAAGAGGAGAAGAAGAAGCUAACGGACGAGAAGAAUCAAAGUGAGAAUGCCGAGGAACGAACGAAAAAAUGGGCUAAAGAGUUGGAGUUUGAUAAUGAUAAACUUCUACGUGACUUAUCUGAAGAAGAAAAUAAUAAUAAGAAACUCAACGAGGAAAUUGACAAACUGAAGAACCUUCUAAUCGAAACUAAUUACGAAAAGGAUUUAUUAAAGUUAAAAGUGGAAAGUCUAAUGACUGACCUUAGCGCUUUGCAAGCGGAUUUUGAAACAAAGUCCAAGACUGAUUUGAAGCAAGGUGAAAUAAUAAAUGCUACUCAGGAAAGAGAAAGACAGGCACUCGAACAGAUAAAAAGUCGUGAAGCAGAACUUCAAUGUAGAUUGAAGUUUGAAAAAGAAACUUACAAUCAGCGUAUCGAAGAACUCAUUUGUUCAUUAGAAAGUUACAAAACGAAGAACAUGGAUCUCAGGAGCAAUGUCGAAGGACUUGAGGCAAAUGAGAAGCAACUAAAGAAUAUCAUUGACAUGAAAUCUAAUGAAUUGUCGAAACAUUGUCAAACGAUAGAAAAAUUGAAUAACGAAAUAACGAUCCUUACUGAAAACUGUGCUCAGCUAAAUGAAGAUAAUGCACAGAAGGCACAACGCAUCGAGGAAAUUACUGCUAUUGUUAAGAAGAAGUGUGAUAUGGCCUCUGAAUUCAAAACCAAAUUAGAAACUAUAGCACCGGAAUACGAGCUUCUGAAGGAACAGAUAAAGGAGAAGAAGUUGAUUGUCGAAAAAUGUAGAAAGGAUAUGGAUAUACUUCAAGUGGAAAGUAAGAAGCAAGUUGAUGCGAUACAGGACAGUUGUAAUAACAUUUCAAUAGAGUGCGAAGGACUGAAGAAGCAACUGGCUGAAUUGAAUAAUAAAAACACGAGUCUAGUAUGCCAACUACAGGCUGCGGAAGAAAAAUGUGAGGAACUCCAAGAGUCAAACAAUAAAUUGACACAAAAGAUGCGCAACAGUACAAGUAAGAUUCAAGUGGAAGCUCGUAUUGAAGAAUUGCAAGACCAGAUUGGCACUCUCAAAAAUAAUCUAGAGGGUGCAAGUAAUCGAAUAACAGAAUUACAGGAAAGCAAGAAUCAUGUAAUGAGAGAAUUAGUUGAGCUACGUGGAAAAUACGAUAUUUUGCGUCAAGAGAAAAUUGAUUUACAAAAUAGUAUGGCUUCGUACAAGUCAAAGCUAGGGGCUGCAGACUUAAUUGAAUUGCGUAGUAAGUACGAGACACUUUUACAAGAGAAAAGUAAGCUCGCUUUAGAAGUCGAGGGUAACAAAUUAUUGAUCAUGAAAAAAGACAAGGAGCUAAUUCAACACAAAAAUGAGAUUUCACAACUGAAAAUAAAAAAUCAAGAAUUGGACGACGAGAUAGAAAAUCAGGUUCUUGUAAUAAAUGAUCAGAACAAGCACAUUAACGAAUUGACUGAGAAAUUAUUUGACAACAAAGAAUGUAUUCACAGCAACUGUGCCCUCAAUACUAAUAUAUCUCACGAGGAGCAAACCAAGAGAAUUGAAUCGUUAACGAGAAUGACAGACAUAUUACGGAAAGAGAAUGCAGAAUUACAUACGAAAAUAUUAGAGUUGGAGAACAAAACGGAUACAAUAAGUUGCAACAGCUCGAGGAGUGACAGUCCACUUUUUGAAAAUAGUAGGAGGAAGCAGCGUAGAAGUGAUCUCUUCAAUCACAAUCGACAAUUAGAACCAUUAAUCGAUCAAGACACUGAUCCAAUUCAAAAUCCCAAUUGCAUGUGCAGCACCUUAAGAAAACAGAUUCACGAGUUGGAGCUACAAUUGGUAUCUAAAAAUGGUAAAAUAGCAACGCUUGAAAUACAAAUUCAAAGUGAAAAUUUCCCAUACCAAAAGAAGUGCAAGGACUUGGAAGAAAAUCUCCUGAUCUUUAAAAACAAAAAUGCUGAACUGAAAAUGGAAAUCAAAAGACUAAACAGAUCUUUGUUGAAUACCAGUGUAAAAGAUUGUGAUGUUUGUCGUAGACGCCACAUAAAUAAACGUGAUCGAUCUACACAAUGUACAUCGCUUCCAGCAAAAACGUAUUUCAGUAGCACAAGUAGUGGCAUAAUCGACGAACACGUUAAAAUUGAAAAAUUAGAAAAAGAGAAAAACCUUAUGAAGGACCUCUGUCGUUCACGAUCUCGUCAGAUAAAUGAGCUUCAGCAACGAAUCGAGGAAUUGGAAUCCAAUAAUGUUAACACCAUCUCAAACACAAAGCUUUUGUCUACUCAAGACAAGUCCCAGACCACUGAACAAUCUUCUCGAUGCAUAAGACGACAGCUUUUAUCUACUCAAGACAAGUCCCAGACUAUUGGACAAUCUUCCAGACGACCUAUGAAAGAGAACAUACCAGCAAACGUAUUGGAUGUUAUAUCAAGCACGUCUCUACAACGUAGCAGAAACAUGUGGAGCAAUUACCAAUAAGUAUAAUUUUAACGAAUUUUAUGGCAUUUAUUUUCUUGAAAGGUUGGUGGAAACCAGUAUUUGUGUAAAUAAUUUUACUUAUAUUUUCAUUUACAUAAGUCACCACGUGGCAUCUUCAGAACGUCAUUUUUGUAUACUUCAUUCUCAUAAUACAAUGUAAGCAGCACCGAUCGUGCAAUUUUUUUCUAAGCUGUUUAAACUGAUUUGAAAGUGAUCGCAAUAUUUUUUAUAAUUAGAACAUUCUUUGUACCACUUAUUUAGGAAUGCAUAAAGAAAAUGUAUAACCAAUACGUUUUAAGAAAUUGUAACUAGUAUUGUUAAUUAGAAACUUAUGAUUGCGUUUCAUACAUUCAUAUAUGAGUUCUAAACAUUAUGUUCCACUUAGUAUUUUUCGUUUGAGUUUGAUACUACUUAAUAAUGAAUUACAUUAAAUUCCACCUGAAGCUCUAAUUAAAUGUAAUCGAUUAACAGUAUCUUUUCAAUUAAGUUAUGCAUUUAUUGCUGCAUUUCUAUUUUAUUUAAUUUAGCACGUAAUAAAUAUUAUACACGUAAGACAUAAGAUAUUUACAAACAAGAUUUAUUCGUACUUGUCAUGUUAACAUGACUGCGCCAAUUACAGGUGCUUCAUUAUAUCAAUUACUACUGAUUGUAAUGUAUUAAAUCAGUAUAAAAUAAAUUUGUUUUGUAUUUUCUUA